AUGGUCAUGGUCAUCCAGGCUUCCACUCUACAUCUGGCGCGUAAUCUGCAUGUGAAUCCGCCUUUGCAUGCGUCAGACCCGAGUAAUAUUGUGGUCGCCGACAUGAGGAAUGAGAGCGAUGCUUUGCAGAUUCUAGCUCUCGCAAGUGGGCAGGCAGCGAAUGAGGAAGAGAGGCGAGAGACCAGUAUGCGCCAGAAUGGUCAAAGGCCAUCCAUUACUACUGUCCCCGGAGGGUCUAGUCCCAGCAACGGGCCCGGACAACCUUCAUCCGAGAACGUUCAGGGGGAUACCUCGGGAUUGAAAGAUUUCGCAUUGGUGAAGAUGAAUAUUGUGACGGAGCAACAAGCAUUUGCUCUGUCCGAGGCAUACUUCAGGUGUCAUCACCACUUCUUCCCAAUUAUUCCAUCUGCCAUCAUACCCAGAACAUAUGACCAAUUGUCUGUGUUUUCCAAAGCCGAAAAGUAUCUCUUAGCUGCUUUCAUCAUCAUCGCCAGCCGAGUCGACAAUACGCCAGAGAUGAGGGAUAUUCAUGACCGCUCGUGGACAGUCAUGAGAAAAUGGAUUUCCCGAAUCCAGAGUCUCGGAGAGCCCCCGACAAUCGGCCUCGUUGAAUCGCUCCUCCUCCUCGCCGAGUUUCUCCCUCGCACACCUCGAGAUAGCUCACCAACAGCCACUCCCGAAUCACGCGACGAAGAUCCCUUCGACUCUGGUGUCGUCGAGGAACCACACGGAGUAGAAAACAGGCAGGCGUGGCAAAUCAUUGGGCUUGCAGUGAGGAGCGCCUAUGAGAUGGGACUGGAUAAGCUAGGGCUACAGCUUAUUGCAGAGACGGAGAGGACUCUGGAGCUGGAGCGGGCAAAAUUGGCUUGGGUCUAUUGCUACCUGUUUGACAGGCACAUAUCCAUUCGCCUUGGUAAAGGCUUUUGGACCCGUGGAGGUUCAGUCUGCUUCCAGGGUUACUCAUCCUCCGCCCAGACUGGACCCGCCGCUGCUAUCGUCAACUUUCCCUUUCUGCGCGAAAUCAAAUCGCCCGACCCUGCCGGUAAUACUCCUCAAGAGGAUCUAGGCAGUCUGGUGCAGGCGUACUUGGAGUUGACAAUGAUGAUGAGCAAUGCGCAUGAUGUCCUACAUCCGAAUGCGGCGAGGACAAGGAGCCUUGUUGUGUACGGGGAGUAUUUCAAGUACAUUGACGAGAUGGCUCGAUCUUUGGAUGGGUUCAAGAUCUUGUGGAGGCGCAAGAAGUGGACGUUAUUUCCACUGACCGACACUGUUUGGGUCAUGUACUACUACAUCCAGCUCUACAUAUGUGCUUUUAGUUUCCAAGCACAUGUGGAACGCGCCACUAUGCGCGGCGAAGAAGAGUACAAGAUCCUCGAACAGCGCCACAAAGAACAAGGGCAUCCCUCCAAGCUCGCCCGUCCCGCGCUUUCUCUUUUCCCGCGCGGGGCAGCCCAAAGCCCCGACGCCCGGUACAUCUUUCAGAUGUGCGAUGCCGCAAGAGAAAUGCUCCACAUUUGUGUCGACAAUAUGUACCCAGGAGGUGCGCUGCCGUAUCUGCCAAGCAGGUUCUUGCUGUGGUUCACGUACGGGGCGAUUGUACUCCUGAAAGCAAUAUACUCGGGGGCUAUGUUAAUGGCGGAUCACAAACGUACGCUUGAUCUUAUUGAUCGUCUUUGCGCCUGCUUCGCCCACUGUUCCACGGAUGAAGAGUAUCCUGCAGUGCGAUACGGGAAGCAACUCGAAGCUCUCCGCAAAAAGCUGGCGGGUCUUUCAUCCGGAAACAACACUGUCCCACAGAGCCCCAACGGCUCCCAGAUCGUUCAGCUCCCUGCUCAAAGUAGACCAAAUGACGUUUCUGGCCCGCGGACGAGUCCCUGCCCGCCCACAAGAGACCAAAAACUGUCUUCCCACCCCGAGACGGCUGAGGAUCAGGACCACCAGAAUCGGUCAAAUACACAGGCGUCUUGGCCGCAGAACCAGUCUCAACAAAGCACAGCCUCUUGGCAAAUGCCGAUAGCACAGCAAUACGCCCAACCCGUCACAUUUCCCUAUCCAUCGGCGCCCUCACAAUACGCCCCGGUACCUCAGACAGCUCCUUAUGUUGCCCCUCCGCACCAGCAGCCGUUCAUGGAAUUCGGUGUUGCUCAGUCUUCCGAUGGGUAUAAUCUGCAUAUGAGCGGUGUGGACCAGGUUGGUGGGCAGAUCCAGGGCUCAGUGCAAGGGCAGGGGCAGAAUGUGAACGGCCUGAGCAACAAUCUGGGCUUUGCGACGCUGGAAGACUGGUUUGGGUUUGGGGCGGCAGAGACAGCUCCGCACCCAGGACAGUCACAAGGGCAGGAUGGACAGCGAGGAGCAGUGGAAGAAGGAAUGGGGAUGGCAGGGAUGGGAUUGGAUCUGCAGGAUUUCUGGAUGAAUGUUGGGCCUGGAGAGGCGCAAGGAGGCUUCCCUUUCCGUUGA